AAUAUGUUUUUUAUCUGUUGCAUAUUAUUUUCUAGCCUUUAAAAAAAUAUUGCUAAGAAUAGAGCAAGGUUGGCAAAGACUAGAGGUGUGCAUGAUGUUGUCCUCAAAAGUAACACCUAAGUCAGGCUUGUUUAUGAAUAGCCACAGCUGUUCGACCCUCAGCAAUUUGGAAUACCACCUUGCUCAACCAUUUUUGUUGUAAUUAAUUUUUUAUUUUCAAUAGUACUCCAACUUGACUGGUUUUGUUAAUACUAUCCCAGCAAAUUUCUAGUAGAGGAAUCUCCCCAGUUUUUUUUCAGUAUAGAGUUACUUAUUUAAUAUGGCUUGUGAAAGAUUUUUGUCCUCAAACACCCCUAUUAACACUCUCCACCCUCUGACCCUACAGGCUUCCUGUUCCCGGUAAGUCUGAAAAAGAUUUUUGCAAAGGCUGUAAAAAUAAAUUUUCUUGUUCUAUUGCAUUUAUCUUAACACAGAUUAAUUUGAUUGUGUUUGUAUAUAACUUUGUGGCUCCUGUUACUGUGCUGUUUAAUCUUUCUAAGGCUUUAAUGAAUUGAAAAGACUAAACAAAAACACGGCCCCUGCCUUGUCUACACGCAGUUAAGUCUACAAGGAACUCCUUUCAAUUUCCUUUGUAAAAAAACUUCCUCAUUUUUCUGUUCCGCCCUCCUAAGUUAAACAUCGUUGAUUUUCCCGUGUUCUCUUAAUUAUAGCCAACACAUGGAAACAAAUCAACACAGCUUUGCAGAGCUGUGUAUGUAGCAAACUGAAAUCCGUGUUUAGUUUAGUUUCGAUAGCACUGAUCUGUGUUUGCUUACACACAACAAAAGCUCUUUUGUGUUCCUGAGAUGCUGCGUGCACUUGGAUUUGGAUCUACAAAUGACGCCCCUGCGCUGCUGGAGCUCACAGCACUGAGGUUUAAUUGCUGGGUCGAAAUUGGAACCUCAUCUGCUUUUGUUGUGCUCAAGGAGUUUAAUGAUAAAGGGCACCAUUUUUGCUUUCAACAUGGAAAACCCAGAACUCCUAAGGAGCAUGGAAUACUGUUGCUCAGAAAGAAAUAACAGACUUUCACCAUCCAACCUGCCCAAUAAACUGCAUGCCAGCAGCUAAUACAGAUAAUUUCAAUUAUAGAUUUUAUUUUAAAUAAAGGUUUUAGCUCUCCUUUCAUGCAGAAAUGCCUUCGGAUUACCCUGUCAAACCUGUAUCGUGGCAAUUAAUACCAACCCCCGGUAAUGAACAUACCGGCCAGCAAACGUCCCGGGUCAGCCUGCAAGGUCAAAUGCUAGAACUUUCCCCCAGGUCAGGGCGGUCCCCACCCGUGUUACCGAGGCAGCGCCAGCCCCGCCUCCCGUUCAGGUGACGAAGGCGGAGCCUCACGGACAAACCCCCCCCGCCCCUCCGCCGCCAUUUUGCGCCGCCAGCCGCGCUCGGCGGCCGGAGCGCCCCGGGGCCGGCCUGUGCUGCCCGGGAGCCUCGGCCCACGGAGCCCCGCGCCGGUGGCGGCACCGGCCGGGCGGAACCGGAGCGCCCGGGCGGGGAACGGCGGGGCCACGGCGGGGCCGCCCGUCACGUGACCGGGGAGCGGCGGGGAAUAAAUAGCACGUGACCGGGGAGCGGGAAUAAACAGCACGUGACCGGCGCUGCGGCUCGGUUUUGUGGCACGGGCUCUUUCUCUGCUCCCAGUCCCGUUACAGAGAGGACCGGCCCGGCCCCGCCCCACCCCCGUAACACCGUCCAUGACCGACAGCACCGGCCAUGACCGACGCCACCGGACACCCCGGCGGGUGCGGCCCCGCCCCUUCCUGCAGCGCCUGCCCAAUGGGCGCGCAGGCCGCGGUUUAAAUGGCGGGGGCGGGCCCGGCCUGGGCGUUGGUACCGCCAUGGGCAGCGCUGAGGGCUCAGAUUGGGUUGAUGUUGCCAAUGAUCUUUGUAGGACCUUACACAUAAACCAGCACAUAAAGCAUCUCUCAGAAUGUGGUGCUGACCUGUUUGUUCAUCUUUAUGAGUCAAUCUUAGGAGAAAAAGUACCAGAUUUCAUUGCUACUCCCAGAAGCCAAGAGGAUGAUGCACAUAAUGUACAGGCAGUAAUAGAUUCCCUGGCAUUGGAUUAUUUGCAGGUCAGCUUGUCUCACAUCACAGGUGAGAACAUUGUGAAAGGAGACAGGGAAUCUAUCAAAAACCUCCUUGAAAUAUUUGAUGGUUUGUUGGAGUAUCUUAGAGAAGUCAGUGAAACAUCUUCUCAGACUGGAGCUGAGAUAAAUGUGCUGUCCAGUGAUGAAAUUCAAAUUGCACCUCAAGAGCAGCUGGCAAGCACUGCUGAUCAACUUACAGAACAAACACUGCUCUCAUCAGCUGAAAGGUCCCCGUCAGAAUAUUUCAUUCAAACUUGUGAUACAGAUGGCUCAGGAUCUACCAGUGAAUUAAUUAAACUUGGAGAUACUGCUUAUUCAUUUUCCAAGAGAGGGGAAGAAUUUCAGAUGCCUGUGCUCUGUCUAGCAGACAAGGACACGGAGGUAGAAGAAUCUGAAAGCACAGAGGCUCUUGCAGCAUUGCCCAGACAGUUCUCACAAAGUGAAAGGGGGACUGGAAAUGAAAGGGAAGAUGGAGGGAUGGAGGCUGUUCAUGAGCCUCACCAAGGGAGUUUGGGUGUCAGUGCUACCAAACUGGGGGAGCCCAUCCAGCAGGCAAUUCCUCUGCUGCCCCCGUUCCAGCCCUCGGACCCAGCGUGGAGAGAUCCCCACAGCUCCCACAGACUGACAGCAGCUCUGCCUUGCACAGAAGCACUGAACAUUCCUGCUAUUGAAAAGUCACUUACCCAAAAAUUUCCUGAUGUUUCUGAUGGUCUUCCUCCAUCCAGAAAAAUCCCUGGCACAGUGCCAUUAACUCACACUUGCCUGUCAUCUGCUUCUGCAGUGGGAGAAGUGCUGGGAGGUGAUGCCAAGGACAAAGUGACAAAGGUGCCUCUGGUAUCUGAGUCUUCUACAUCCACCUCUUCUAUAUCCACCUCUUCUGAGGAAAAGCUCUCACUGUGUGCUGAACAAGUUACACAAACCCCAAGACCUGAAUCUCAGCACUGGCCUAGAGCAACAAGCAAAUAUGAAAAUUCCACCCCAGGUUCAGUUGAAGAUUCACUUUCCCACAGAACAGCAAAGGAGAAGGUGCCUAAGCAGCAAGAGUUCCAUGAAGCAUCAGAAAAUCUGUCUCACAGGCUGAAUGAACUAGAUUUAAUGUUGAAGAGAGCUUUGGCUGAGCACACCAGAGAAGGGGAGCUGCCAGAGGAGGACAGCCUGUCCCAGCACAGUGACAGUGCCAUGGGCCGUGGCCGAAGGACAGCUGGGAGAGACACACCACAUCCAAGGUACCCAGGCAGGCCAAGGUCCCUCUCUCCAGCCUCACCCUUGUCUCAGCACCAGGAACCCAAACAGAGGGGCAGAGGAACGGGCCAGAUAAAGACAAUCCACAGCCACCUGCAGGAGGAAAGGGAUGAAAGAACAAGAAAAGCAAAGCUGGUCACUAAAGCUUAUGAAAAUGAGCUAAGAAUUUUUGAAGCGAGGGAGAAGCGAAGAAUUUCCAAGCUCAGAGAAGCUGCCAAGGAAAUGGAACAAGAGUACAAAGAAAAUGUCUUUCAAGAACCUCCAAAAGUGUCUCAGCGAGUGAAAGUUUAUUCUAGAAAAACCACACCUCAGUAUCCCAAACACAGCCAGUGGAUUCCAAAACGAGGGAUCAUGAAGCCAAAGCAAGCAGCUCCAAUGACAAUAAGAGACAAUGACCUCCUCCUGCAGCUCCUGGAGGAGUUUCCCCACCUGCACAUUUCCUCCCGUACUCUGAAUAAAAUGUGGCAUCAGCAGCUUGCACAAACUGAGCACCUCAAGGCACCCUCUGCCAGACCUAGACCCAAACUCCAGAAUGAAGUUGAACAAGCCUUGAAGAAACACGAGCUGCUUGCUGCAAUUAUUAAGAGAGAUCAAGAUCACAGCAAGAGACUGCAAGAAAUCAAGCAGCGCAUCCAGCGGCAGAAGUGGGCUCAGAACAAGGUGACCGAGAGGCGGCAGCAGGUGGCGCGGGCCAGGAAAUACUACGAGGAUUAUCGGCUGCAGCUCCGGGCCAAGCUGCUGCGGGCCAGGACCCGCGAGGAGAGGAUAUUUAAAAACUUAUUUGAAGAAGGCUUAGAAAUUCAGAAGCAAAGACUGAGGGACCUGAGAGUUUAUGCUCGAGAGAAGCGCGAUGAGCAACGGAGAGAGCACCAGAUUGAGCUGGAGUCCCUGGAGAACUACUACAAAGAUCAGUUUUCCAUGCUAGCAGAAGCUAUAUCUCAAGAAUUCCAAGAAAUCCAAACCAGAGAGAAAGCACAAGCACAAAUGCUACAAAAAUCAAAAAGCGAAGUGAGAUCAAAGAUGGAAAAGGAAAUACAGCAACUGCAAGCAGCAAUCAUGCACAAUGAUGAUGACACCUUUUUUCAAGAACUGGAGGCAGACAGGCUGAGAGCCAGACUUCAGAUGGCUUCCUUCCAGUACAGCCAAAGCCACUUCUUUUGACUUGGGAAGAUGGUGCAGCUUUGCUCAGUUUUGAGAGGAGUCUGUUCAUCUGUUCACCAGUGCUGAGGUACAGCCCUUGCCAAGCCAUGGCAGUACCUGAGAGGCAAAGUCAGAGCUGCUGUGUUUGUGUUUGAGCAGAACAUUGAGCACCCUCCUCACUGCAGGUAACACCAUAGGAAGUCACCAAGUUUCAAGUAUUUUCUCCUGAAACAAAGUCGAGUUACUUAAAAAUGACAUUGUUACAUUUAAAGAUUUAAUUAAGAAAAACUUAAAACUUUUAAAACCAUUGAUGCUGUGACAGUGCAAACAGCAUACAAUUUAUUGCUCAACUUCUGCAUGGGUACAUACAUUAAGUACUUAAAAACCAUUUUAUACAGAUUUUUUUUUUUUUGUUAAAGCUCAUGUAACAGCUGGGUGAAAAUACAAUGAUACCAAUGCUAAAACACUCUGUAAUAAAUACAAUGGAAAUGAUAAACUAAGAACUGUCAGUUUGUGGAGGAGUAAUUACACUUGUAUAAACUAAUUACAACUACAGACAAAGAACUGAGGAUGUGCAGAGCCUGGAACCUACUACAUAGUGUAAAGUACAACAAAUGGCACCUGUUAACUGUGUGGUGCUGUUUAAAAAGAUGCUACAUUGAGCUGGAGGAUGGUGCUGUGACAGAGGAGCAGAGCUUGAACUUCCAUCCAUGCAGCCUUUUAAACACACCAGGAGUUCAGUACACAUGUAGUGUUGUGGAACAGGAAUUUCAAAACAGCUUGUGUGCUCUGGACUUUAGUACAACACAAAAAUUUGGUACAAAUAAAUCAGUUUAGGGAAACUGAACCUAUGUGCAAAAAAAAAAAAAAAAUUAGAAUACAUACUGUACAAAGCACCAUUACAAAACUCUUUACACCGAGAAAUUAAAUCCUCUGAAACUCAACUGUGAACUGUAUAUUUGAAAUCUACAAAAGUCACUGUUCAUAAUUAAACAUUCAUAAUGAAAAGCAACAGCAUAAAACCAUGA